AUGUCUAAUAAAUUUAUGAUUACUGAAAUUCUCCAUGAUUCAAUUGAACAAACGUCAGUUUCAGUAAAUAGUUCUUCAAUUACUUCUACUCCUUUACUUACAUAUUUUAUCAAUUUAAUAUCAAGUGAAAAUUCACCAUGUACAAAUUCUGUAAUAAAUAAUUUCACAUUAUAUAAUUCGAAUUUAUCUAACAGUACUAAUUCCAUUAGACAUUAUGAUCAUAUUGAUCAACAUAAAAACUGUGUCAUACCAACAGGAUUAUAUUCUGCUACAAUGAAUCUAUUGAAUUCCAAGGUUUACACAAAAUGUUUAUCAAAUAUAGUGAAAUAUGAUAUCGAAAAUCAGUUAUUCAAUCAACCAACACAAAAUGAUUCUGAAAAUCAAAUUAAAUCAAACAAUAACUAUUUAAAAGAUUAUUAUCAUCAUCAUCAGCAUUCGCAUAAUGAUCAACAAUUUAGCCAAGAGUUUUUAAAACUACUCAAUUUAAUGAUUUACAAACAAACGAAUGAAAAUGACUGUUUACAAAUUAAACUAUUUGAAGACAAUAAAUGUAACAAUGAAUACGAUAAUAAUGUAUUACUGAUUAAUGAUGCUGAAAAAAAUUCUUCCAAUAAUUGUCAAAAAUUUAAUCAAACCAGUCAAUCGAAACAUCAAGGUAAUGUUUGGCCUAUAAUAUUCAAAGAAUUACGAUUCACUUGCAGCCCAACGAUUACAAGUGAGAAUUAUCAUCAACAUAACAGUAGUGGUAGUAGUAAUCAAUUUUUAAAAUCAAAUUAUUUAUUCAGUUGUGAAUCCUCUGUCAAUUAUGCAAGUGUGCUUGAUGUAAGCAAAUCAGAUGCUGAUCUAUCACAAAUUCGGUGUUUCAAAUCAGAUACAAAUACAAAAAUAAGCAGUGAUGAUAAAAAACAGUUGGUGAAGAGAAAAUUACGUAAAAGUUUUCUAUCUAAAAUUAAUCAAAGAUCUGAAUAUGAGCGUAAACCUAGACAAGCUUAUUCAACCGAUCAACUUGAACGUUUAGAAACAGAAUUUGAAAAAGAUAAAUAUUUAAAACUCAACAAACGAAUAGAAUUAUCAAAUGAAUUAAAUCUUACUGAGACACAAAUUAAAACUUGGUUUCAAAAUCGUAGAACGAAAUGGAAGAAGAAGUUAUACUGUUUGAAUUCUACAAGCCAAUUAUCGGUAAAUUCUGUUAAACAUGGAAAUAGUUUAUGGUCAAUAACUAAUAAAUCUACCUCUAACAGUGAACAACAGUCUACUGUAAACAACUAUUAUUCAGGUUUUGUAUCAACUCAGUUUCCUUCAUGAUAAUUUUAGCGAUGACGAUAAACUAAUCACAAGUUUUCCUAAUCCUCAUAUUGUA